AUGGAGGCCCCGCUCCCUGGUCUCUCCCUGCUUCUGGUCCUCCUGGCAGUGGAAUGGGGAAGCGGGGCGGUCGCAGUCUGGGCAACAUCUCCCAGCGUCUGCGAGCUCGUGCAGAGCACUUUGGACUGCACUGGGAGAUGGCUGAGCUCCGUUCCAGGAAAUCUUCGAGGUGAUAUUGAGGAGCUGCUGCUUGAUGACAAUGCUAUACGGGUUCUGGGCAAUACCUCUCUGCUCUCCUACCACCAGCUGCGGCAUCUCAGCUUGACCAAGAACCGGCUGGAGCUCAUCGAGCCUGGUGCCUUCCUUAGCAGCCAAGGCCUCCACGUGCUCUCCGUGGCAGACAACCUCCUCUUCACCAACUACUCGCUGACAGCAGCUGCUCUUUCUGCUCUGCCAGCCUUGAGGACGCUGGAUCUAGCUGGAAACCUCCUCACUGAGGACAUGGUAUCAGUUUUGGUCUGGAACCUGUCUUCCUUGGAGUCCUUGUCCGUGGCCAGGAACAUCAUCAUGAGGCUGGACUCAUCUGUCUUCAUGAACUUGACACAGCUGUUGGAGCUGAACCUGGAGAAGAACUACAUCUUCGAGAUUGACCGAGCUUUUGAAGGGCUGCAGAGGCUGCAGAGGCUCAAUUUAGCUUACAACUAUCUCCCGUGUGUAGUGGAGUUCGGCCUGACCCAGCUCAGGGUGCUCAACAUCAGCAACAAUGUCAUCGAGUGGUUUCUGGCUCUGGAAAGUGAUGACCUCUUUGAGCUGGAGGUGCUGGACCUGUCUCACAACCGCCUCCUUUUCUUCCCCGUGUUGCCCCGGCAGAGCAAGCUGCACUCCUUGCUGCUGAAGGACAAUGAGAUGAGCUUCUACCAGCGGCUCCCUAAUGGCACAUCCCUGGCACACGUCACGGUGCAGUUCCUGCUCAUUGAUGGCAACUCCACCAAUGUCACGACGGUCAGCCUCUGGGAUGAGAUCUGCCACAGCAACCUCUCCUCCCUGCGCCUCCUGGACAUGAGCCAGAACCAGGUCUGGUACCUGCCGGAGGGCUUUCUGGCCCAGAUGCCUUUCCUGACCCACCUGAAGCUCAACCAGAACUGCCUGGAGACGUUUCACCUGUCGGAGGGGGACCCCUUAGCCAUGCUGACGGAGCUGGACCUCAGCCAGAACCGGCUGGAGGAGUUGGGGGCAGAUGUGGGCGCUGAGGACGUCCUGCCCAACCUACAGCUCUUCAACCUCAGCACCAACAGACUGCGGGUGCUUCCUCCUGGGGUUUUCACCUACACCAGGAAGAUCGCUACUGUGGACCUCAGCCACAACCGGGUCGACCUGUGUCCCCAGCCAGCCGUCGCAGGUGAGGUCCCCUGCGUGGACAUCAGGGGAGUUGAGACCUUGACUUAUCUCUCCUUGGCUGGCUGUGGUCUGCGGGGACUGGGUGGCCACCCCUUCCAGGGGACGUCGCUGAUGCAUUUGGACCUCUCUGACAAUCACCAGGUACUGUCUGGGGACCUGGGGUGGCUGCAGGACCUUGUUCUGACGCUACAGGUGUUGUCUCUGAGGAACACCAGCCUCUCCUCCAUCACCAUGGACUUCUCGGCCUUUAACAGCCUUGUGCACUUGGACCUUUCAGGGAACUCCUUGGCCAUCUUCCCCACCUCACUGGGUGUCCUGAAGCUGCGCAGCCUGGACCUGCGGGACAACUGCCUCCCGGCUCUCCCGCCGGACGUGGUGCGGACGCCGCUGGGGAAGAGCUUGCAGGAGGUCUACCUCAGCCGAAACCCCUACAACUGCUGCACGCUGGGCUGGUGGGAUGCCCUGCAGCGGGUCGAGGGGUUGCACAUCCCUGACGGGCAGGAGGUGACCUGCAGCUUCGCCUCCCGGACGCUGAGCCCCAGGGUGCUGCCAGAGCCCAUCGUGCGAAGCUGCCGCUGGCAGACGGCUGACCUGGCCCUCCUCUACCUGGUGCUGGCUCUGCCCACCUGCCUGACGCUCCUGGUGGCCUUUGCUGUCGUCUUCCUCACGUUCAAGCAAAAGCUGCUGAAAAUGGUGAAAAGCCAGUGUGGGGUGUCCAGCUCUUACUGA